AUGUCUGUUGACCUGCUACAGAGUCAGAAUCAAAUCGGUGUUUUCAUCUUCCUUUUACCUCAAAGCACCGGCGGAGAGGCCUUUUUCUGCAGUCCCAUGUACCAGUCCCUGCGUCAGAGCGUGUCAACCCGCUGCGCCUGCGAAUUAUCCGUUUUCGACGGGAAUAACUUCAGCCAGUUAAAUCUCUGUCUCCCGGCCCCCCGGCCCCCCACCCAUCAAACACGCAACAGCAAAGGCAACAACUGCAGUAACCGCUCCGUCCUCGACAGUUCCUCCGAGUCCACCAGUUCCGACCUAUUACUGCGCGUCUCAAACAGUUACGAACAACUCCUAUUGGCCCGAGGCAAUUGGCUUGUACAGGUUGUCUAUAAGACCGUUCCCAGCCUGCAUCACCUGUUUCUCAGACUAGUGGGACAGUAUUGUACAGAACUGGGCAGUUCAGGAUACAGACGUCCCAUUGGGGGAGGUCCGACUAUGCGGAGUCAGGGUUUUAAGUACACAGUGCUCGCGGCCAUCACUCAUAGUCGGAUCGAGGAACUCCGUCACCAGCAGAGUGAGUACUCCUUCAUGGACGACCUGACUUAUGACAGUUUUGCGAAGAGCCAGCGAGAAACAGGAGGUCAGGAGGGUGGCGUCCUCAUGCCUUCUGGAGGUCAGGGCAAACACCCGACUAGGGGUCAAAAAAUACAGUCUCCCCCCUCCUCCUCGUCCGCCGCCACUCUCCCCUCCUCCACUUACCCGGCUUCAUCUUGCUCUUCGAACUCCUCCUCCUCCUCUCCCCACACCACGCCCUCCUCCAGCUCCCCCCGCCUAGGAACCGAAACGCAGAAAAGAGACAACGGAAUGAACAGUCCCAAUGGUCUUUUUAGCGAAUACUUUCGGUCAUUGGCUCAUAAGCAGGACGAAUACCUGAAUGCUCUGCGGCAACGAUACAAUGAAUUUUUCUCUCCGCGGGAGACCAGGAGGGGAGAUGAUAAAUUGCUGGGGGAGCCGGAAUCGGAGAAUAAUCGCCUUGAACUCGACUCGGUGGUGGAGUUCAGUGAGUCUACGAAUCUGGACAGUCUGACACUGCCCACAUUCACCAGAAAGCCCCCGACUGCUCGAUCGCGUCAUCGGGAUGUUUUCUCACCGGCAGAGGACUGGCGGAGGUCCGGUGAUGGACUUGAGACAGUUGCCUGA